GGGACUCUCACUCUCCGAGUCGGUGCGACACUUGACUCAACUCAACUCUUCGUUUUUCCUUAAAAACCAAACCACUCCCCUCCUAUUUACUUAUCGACACAAACACGUUCAGAGAAGCACCCAAGAGAACCCUAAUUUACCCCCCACCAAUUCCUUCGAUUUCUAGUUCAAUUCUCGCGAUCCGUCCGAGAGGAUUGAGAAAUAACAGGCUCUUUCAAUUUUCUGGUGAUUACAAACCUACCGAACAAGGAUUUUUCUGAUCGUUUUGAAGAUGAUUGUGAGUCAAAAGAUCGUUGCGGAGACCGAGAUUAUCUGUCAACCGACCUUGCCUGCGGCGGUGGUAGAUGUACAGUAUCGUCUCUGUGUGGCCAAGGAAACUGAUUUCCAGGUUGAUGUUGCCUCUCCUUCAACCCCAAUUUUCGGUUCGACGUCCGCUGAAAUCUCGCUCAAUUCGGUUGCGAGCUACUCGGAUUCCAUUCAAGAUACCCUUAUUGAUUCGACAGCUGUGAAGUUUAUCCCGAGCAUUCGCUCUGGUAGCUAUGCUGACAUUGGAUUGCGAAGUUACAUGGAGGACGAGCACAUUCGAAUUGAUGAUCUAUCUGCUUACCUGGGUUCCCUAUGUUUCAUGCCGAGUGCUUUCUACGCAGUUUUUGAUGGUCAUGGAGGGCCUGAAGCAGCUGCUUAUGUAAAGAGGAAUGCCAUGAAAUUUUUCUUUGAAGAUGCUGAUCUUCCAAAGACUUCUGAUAUUGAUGCUGUUUUGUUAGAAGCACUAGUGGAUUCCCAUCGGAAAGCAUUCUUACUUGCAGACCUUGCCUUGGCGGAUGAAAGAAGUGUUAGCAGCUCCUGUGGAACGACAGCACUGACUGCUUUAGUACUUGGAAGGCAUUUGCUGGUAGCAAAUGCUGGUGAUUGCCGAGCAGUCCUCUGCAGGAAUGGAAAAGCAAUUGACAUGUCUCAAGAUCACCGGCCCUCUUAUUUGCCAGAACGAAAGCGAGUUGAAGACUCGGGUGGUUACAUUGAUGAUGAGUACGUUAACGGCUCUCUUGCUGUCACUCGAGCCCUUGGGGACUGGGACUUGAAAAUGCCACUUGGGUCUGCAUCACCCCUCAUCUCUGAACCAGAUGUGCGACAGAUAAUGAUAACAGAGGACGAUCAAUUCCUAAUCAUUGGCUGUGAUGGAAUUUGGGAUGUGAUGUCAAGCCAGCAUGCUGUCAGCCUAGUCUGUUGUGCACUAAAGCGACAUAAUGACCCUGAGCGGUGUGCAAGAGAAUUGGUCAUGGAAGCAAUAGAGCGUCAUUCUCCUGAUAACCUCACUGCAGUUGUCAUCUGCUUUUCUUCCCCAAAUCAUGCCAAGUCCUCUCCUCAGCGGCAACGGUUGAGGUGCUGUGGCCUCUCUGAGGAGGCCCGGAAUAGGUUGAAGAGCUUUUUAGGAGGCAAUUGAUUAUUAUUAUGUUUUUGAUGGAACUAACUUACUAUUAUUUAACUGGUACAUUUACUGGUUAAGAUUGUUAACUGUUUAGGCUGUUUCAGAUGGUUUAGAAAAAGCAGCCGGCAAUUUUGUAGGGAUAGAAGUGAUCACCGGUGGUAAUAAUGGUGAGCAUUUUGAUUUGAAUCCAUGGGGGUUUAACUCUGAAUUGUAUUUGAAGAAUGAUUCCUAGUUUUGUUUGAAGUUUUUGAAAUGCCUCAUAAUUGAUGCUUGGGGUAGGAGGGAGGGGAUUAUUGUAGUCUUGUGUUAGAAAUUGAGAGUUGGUUGCAAUCCAAAUAUUUUAAUGGACCAAA